AUGGUUGAAUGGCUCAGGAUUUUGCUGACUAAACAACUUGAUGAUGACUUUUUCACCAUCAACUCCAGACUGACCUUAGUUAAAGCUAUAAAGCUUUAUGGAGUGGGAAUGAAAAUUAAGCCUGUUCUGUCUUCCCAGAGGAAAGGAAAUCCCAUAUGUGACAGUAGAAGGGGGCCAGAGGCUAUAGAGGAAGUCAGGCAAAGGAAAGAGAAAAACAAUGUGAAUUCGAAAGUGAAGGUGACUGAUAUUCAUGUAGCUCUGGGUGAACAUGGUGAGAGUGGAUUUGAUGGCACUGAUGGAGAGCAGGGAGAACGUGGAUUUCCUGGACCUUCUGGAGAGAAAGGCAGCAGAGGGAAAUGGGGCAGAAAAGGCCCCAGAGGAGAACCAGGUGAACGAGGAGAAUCUGGUCUAAGAGGAGAUCAUGGAGAUCCUGGGGCUAACAAUAAUGUUACUGGCCCUAAGGGUGAAAAAGGAAACCUAGCAUCACAGGGAGACCCAGGCCCACAAGGACCCCAAGGAGAGCAGGGUGAUGCUGGCCUAGAUGGUGCAGCAGGUCGAAGAGGCCCUCCAGGUAUAAAGGGUGAGCAAGGAGAUUUGGGAGAAACAGGUUACCCAGGAGAAACUGGUCUUCCAGGCCCCCAGGGCCCAAGAGGACCACAAGGGAUCAGAGGACCUCCUGGACCACAAGGCAUGCCAGGCCCUCUGGGUAGUCUGGGCAUGCCUGGUUCACCUGGAUCUGUUGGAAAGUUAGGUGUAAGAGGAGCAAAGGGUGACCCUGGUGACCCUGGAGAGAAGGGCUUAGCUGGACCCCCUGGACAGAGAGGCAUUCCUGGCAUGGAUGGCAGAGAUGUCUAUGGUCCUGAAGGAAGCAAAGGAGCAAAGGGAGAAUCUGGAUUCAUAGGAUAUCCUGGUCCAGAGGUAUGA